GUCCGAACUUCGAGUGACCCUGGGAUGGCGCAACGGUCUAUUGAUUUUCCUGUAAGUCACAUUCACUCCUGCCGUUGAUAUUCGUGUUGUGAAUUCCCUUACGUAAUUCAUGACGAGCGCCAACCAACUUUGCUUCUCAAUUUCAACGGGGCUCCAGCGGGCGGCCGUCUGUCACCCACCCCAGACCCAGUUCUCAGUCAGCGCAGACCAGGCACCGGUUCGCACACCGCUUCCUCUGCGGAGCUCUCUGUCGAAAAGAGUGUCCCUCGAAAACAAUAGCCUAGCUGCCUAAUUAUCCUGCUCUCCCUACUUCUUAUAAACCUGGUCUGGCAACUCCCUCGAUGCACGCCCGUUCCCAAUCACACUCGGGCUACACCCCAGCUUAUAGUCACUCACAUCCCAUCACCACCACCACCGCCUCGUCCCCUCCAUCUCUAUUUGGCAUCAUCAGUGACGACGUUUCUGAUGACAAGUACGGCUUCGCUAGCGCGAGCGGCAGUGGAGGUCCAGUGACCGGAAAAUCUGGCUCUGAACAGGGCACCGUCCGAGGCGUCAUGGGUAAACCGACGGGUACAAAUAAUUUCGUGACCAAGCUUUACCAAAUGAUAAAUGAUCCAAAGUCGCGGCAUUAUAUUGCAUGGACAGAGCAUGGUACAAGUUUCGUGGUAUGCAAUGUCGGCGAAUUUAGUCGCUCCAUACUAGGACCGCAUUUCAAACACAAUAACUUCUCGUCUUUCGUCCGACAGCUGAACAUGUACGGGUUCCACAAAAUCAAUAGAACACCACGUGCCCAACGCACAUCCACGAGCUCCCAGACAUGGGAGUUUUCACACCCCAAAUUUCUUCGAGAGCGACCGGACCUUCUAGAUACGAUCAAGCGAAAGGCGUUGGAGGCUGAUCCGUGGGAGACGCGUCGGUAAGCGCAGAGAAUCUUCUAUUUAGGAAUGACCUUAUUAUUUAUGAAGUAUCGAACUUCCCGGUGAGGUUGCUCGGUUUUUGGGUAACAUCCGCGAGGAGAAUCGCGCAUUAUGGCGAGAGAUCAGACAGCUCGGCGGACAAAUCCCACCACAAUU